AUGUUUCUCAAUCUCUUUCGGUCGAAAGAAGCCAGACGAAGAAAGGAAGAAAAGAACCGAAUUGUGAAGCAACAAGAGCAAGACCGAAAGCGCCAGCAAGCGGCUGUCGCUGCGUCCAAACCAACUUACAUUCCGUACUAUACCUCUUCCUCCACAUCCGCCCCGUCGACUACCUGGGGUGGUAGCAACUACUAUGUCGAGGCUGGUAGCAGCAAUCCCGACCCAGGAGCUGGCAAUAGCAGCCAUCACCAUUCCGGCGGCGGAGACGGUAGCCAUCAUUCUGGCCGUGGUGGCAGCAGCUGUUAUUCAGGUGGUGGGUAUUCAGGGGGUGGAAGUAGCAGCAGCGAUUCAGGCGGUGGAAGUAGCAGCGGUGAUUCAGGAGGCAGCUCUAGUUCUGGAGGUGGCUGCUAA